GUAAUUAAGACGAAUUAAAGUCGAGAGUGGUUUAAUUGAAAUUGCCAUCAAAGGCCCUCUGCAUUAACUCAUUCUACUUUGUCUUCUUUCGCUGGUGGUUGCUCCAAUUUCACCGCUUCAAUCCAUAAAAGAUUCCAAAAGCUUGAGGGAAAAAAAAUCAAUGGAGAACGGCGGAGUGAUACGGUGGCGUUUUGGCUGCAACGAUGAACUGACCAAGGCCUCUGCAAUCACCAUUAGAGGUGUAUUGAACACGUUGAUGGAUAAUCUUAAACCGGAAGACUCCCGGCCGGUUAUUCCUCUAGGACACGGUGACCCUUCUUCCUUCCCGUGUUUCCGAACGACGCCUUUGGCCGUGGACGCCGUCUGUGACGCCGUACGCUCCGCCAAGUAUAACGGUUAUGGCUCCACCGUUGGUAUUCCGCCUGCUCGAAGUGCAAUAGCAGAAUAUCUUUCAAAAGAUCUUCCAUACAAGUUAUCUCCGGAUGAUGUAUAUCUGACAAUUGGAUGUACUCAAGCACUAGAAGUCAUUUUACAAGUUCUUGCUCGCCCCAAUGCUAACAUUCUGCUCCCAAGACCAGGCUUCCCUUAUUAUGAAUCUAGGGCUGGAUUCUGUCAUCUUGAAGUCCGACAUUUUAAUCUUAUUCCAGAAAGAGGUUGGGAAGUUGAUCUUGAUGCAGUUGAAGCUCUUGCAGAUGAAAAUACUGCUGCUAUGGUCAUUAUCAAUCCAGGCAAUCCAUGUGGGAAUGUUUUUUCAUAUGAACACUUGAAGAAGGUUGCUGAGACUGCAAGAAAGCUUGGAAUCUUAGUAAUUUCUGAUGAAGUUUAUGAUCACCUCACCUUUGGGAAUAACCCUUUUGUUCCAAUGGGAAUCUUUGGGUCAAUUGCUCCUAUUGUUACAGUUGGAUCUAUAUCAAAGAGAUGGAUUGUUCCUGGUUGGAGACUUGGUUGGCUUAUUACUAAUGAUACAAAUGGCAUCCUUAAGAAUCAGGGGAUUGUUGAUAGCAUCAAGGGUUAUCUGAAUAUUUCCUCUGAUCCAGCAACCUUUGUUCAGGGAGCAAUUCCUCAUAUUCUUAAAAACACGACAAACGAGUUCUUCACCAAAAUUGUUAAUACACUUAAGGAAGCUGCAGACCUAUGCUAUGAUCGAAUAAAGGAUAUCCAUUGCAUUACUUGCCCAAGCAAGCCCGAAGGAUCCAUGUUUGUAAUGGUAAAACUUAAUCUGUCCCUUCUGGAAGGGAUUAUGGAUGAUGUGGACUUCUGUUGCAAGCUAGCUGAGGAGGAAUCCGUGAUAGUUCUCCCAGGGGUUGCUGUAGGACUCAAGAAUUGGCUCCGAGUAACUUUUGCCAUUGAGCCAUCAUCACUCGAUGAUGGCCUUCGAAGGAUAAAAGCUUUUUAUGAGAGACACGCAAAGAAACAAUGAAUGUUGUUUCUAUAUAUUCUGAUAGUUUCUCCAUUCCAAUCACGCAUUGGAUCAACAAGGGUUAGUCAAUAAAUGUUUGUUUUUCAUGGGAGAAGAUUCUUCUUCAUUUUCUAUUUGUAAUGAAAAUAAUGAUGGAGAAUAUCACUAUCCUCCACUGGUUGUGAAACAUUGUGAAGUUUGCUGAAAGUUAAUUUUAUUUAAAAUAACUAGAAUAUGUUAAUACUUGUUAUGUUAUUAUGAUAUAAUGAUUAUUCAUUGAGGUUGUGAUCUUGAGCAA